AUGACAGAAAUGGCACCAAGCCAAGAUCCCAGACCCGCUCCCGUCGUCCGGCUCAACCGUCUUCUAUCCAGCCUCGCUCGGUCAGGGCUGCACUUGGCGAUGGCUGUCGUAUUUCGGCGGUUUACCUUCGAGCUCUACGAAACCGACGUUUCCGACGUCAGACUGGCGCAUGAUACGUUUGUGCCUGCGCUGAAGAUGGAUUCGAAGGGUGUCAUGGUAAGGGUGAUUUCGAAUGAGCUCUCAGCUAGGUAA